GGCUCCUGGCCCUGGUCAACUUGGAUGAACCACUCCAAGUUGUACGCAAAACCACCCGUGGCUGCCACUCCAACUCAAGUAGCAAGUUUGAUGUUAAAGUCCUUGAGUGGAGUCCAACUCAUGAGCUUCAGCAUUACAUAGCCUUGGCAGCUGGCAAUGACUGUGAGGUGCACACACUACACGAAGGCGGCAGGAUGUUGUCCCACUGUGUGCUCCAUGCGCACACGCGUGCCAUCAGCGACGUCAGCUGGCACCAUAUGGAUGCCCAUAUGCUGGCCACGGCUUCUGUUGAGAACUGCCUCUACUUGUGGGACGUCCGGGAGCCUAGGAGACCAAUGAGCUCCCUACCUGCCACAUCGGGUGCAUCGCAAGUCAAGUGGAACAAGAAAGACUCUCACCUGCUGGCGUCUGGCCACGACACCGACAUGAGAAUAUGGGACAGCCGCAAGCCUGACCGACCCAUGCUGUACCUCGCUGGCCAUAUGGACAAAGUCAACAGCAUUGACUGGUCACCUCAUGAUCAGGCUGAGAUCGUGUCAGCUUCGCUGGACUGCAGUGUGCGGUUCUUCGACAUCACCAGCCCUCGUCGCCCCCACACCACCAUCACCACCACGCAUCCCGUAUGGCGGGCCAAGUAUACGCCGUUCGGCCGGGGCGUGGUGAGUCAGCUAGUGCCGCGGCUGGUGCGGGGAGACAACGGCCUGCUGCUGUGGGCGCAGCACCAGACGCACGCGCCGCUCCACUGCUUCGUCGGCCACACCGACGCCGUCAUCAACUUCCAGUGGCGGCGACAGCGCCAGCAGGACGGCAGCGAGUGUCAGCUCGUAUCCUGGGGCAGGGACCGCGCUCUCAGGAUCUGGAGGCUUGAUGCUGACAUGCAGAGCUUGUGCGGUGAGGCGUCUGACGGCGGCGCUGACGAGGCAGUGGAUGCUGACGACGAGGAACUGCAGACUCUUAACCUGCUGGCGAAAGACGGUGAAACUCCUGACGAUGCUGGUGCUGGCACACUGAUGCCAGCUUCCAGCAUCAAGCAGGAGCAAGAGGAUGACGAAGCUGUCAGUGACGGAGCUGUCACUAGGGGAGAGGAGGAGCUGCUGGCAGAGGGCGCUGUCAUCAAGACGGAACCUUCAUUGGAACUUCUCUACCUGGAGCCGCGAGUUCAGGGCAAUGCCAGGAGUGCGUUUGGCAGCACAUCUGCCCUCCUGUCAGCCGGCAACUCUGUCACCACUCAAGUGGCGCUGCUGGGGUCCAGGUCGCCCCCGCUGAGUUCGUCGGUGCCCCACGAGUCGUCGUUUUCGCUGCCGUCGAGCGACGCGCCCUCGCAGCGCGUAGCUCUCAGGGACGAACUCGCCGCCCUGCAGUCCCAGCCCUGGGGCACCAAUCCUGCCGUCGACGUCAACAUCACUGCACGUGACGAAACUAAGAUUUGCUCCUCCCCAACCUACCGACGCCCUGCGACUCAUUUCCCCUCGCAUCUCCUCAACGCGUCACCUAGGAACUUACGCAAUGUGGCCGGUUCCCCUCGGUUGUUGGGGAACUCCCCUUCGUAUCUUCGUCUGGGCAGCGCUUCGUCCCCUCGUCGUAGCCUCGUCCCGAUGUCCCCAUCUUCUGCUGCCGUCGCGUCCAUCUUGGCGUCACCGUAUCGCGUGCCUGCGCAUAAUUAUUGCAUCGAUGACGACUUCCCGUUUGGCUCGUCUCCUGCGAACAGCCCGAGAAGAAACUCUAAGGAAAGGACGCCAAAUAGAACUAACGCGGCUGCUGUAAGCGAAAUUUUGACGAGUGGAUACAAGAAAUCUCAUGACCGAAUGCAAGACGCGACACUCGAGCCACAAAAUGACGCAGAAAAGUUGUUGCUUCCCUCGGUUUCCGAUGAUGCAAGCGAAAACUUGCAGAAUUGCGUGCGAUUCAUCACAUUGGCUGAUGAGGUGAGCGGUACGAAGCAAGUGCUGGUACAGAGCGAGGAUGGUAUAUUGCGAACCAUUGACACAGAAGACGACCAAGCAGCUGCUUUACUGGCGACCAGUGGCGACGAGUUAAUGACUACGGACGAAAGCGACGUUAUCCUGGCAACAGAGAACGGAGACAACCUCUUAGGGCCUUCGGAAGACGAUGAUAAUGAGGAUGAUCUACUGGCAACUAACGCGAGCGACGCAACGCAGGUGGUGGUCGGCCAAGACGGGACGGUUUAUGCCAUCAACGGCCUCGAUGAACACGACGAUUUCGACCCGAGUCUCAUCUUGCAAGACUCGCAGUACGAAGUCGAGCUCGCUCAGACCAAGUCUGUGGAAAUGACGCAUCAAACCUACAUCGACGAGGCUGGUGUCGAGCGAAGCAAGAUCUGCUUCAUGGUUACUACCGGCAUCGUGGCCCCUUAUCGACUACGAGAGCCUGAGACCCGCAAUUACGAACUACUUUGUCAGCAACUGGGCAUCGUCCUGGGCUCGCCUCGUCAAGAACCCUCAGAUAUUCCCAAGAAGAAAACGGUGCACGUCGACGAAUCCUGCCUCGACUAUGGAGGAAGUGUUUUCCACUCACAGGAGUUAGGAGAGUCGCUGGAUGUUGAUUGUAAGGAGCCUUUACCUGAGGUUGAAAUCGACAAAACUCUGAAGAAAGUUUUGGUGCCGCUCGAGAAUAAUGGAUUUAUGAGAGUGUACGGGCGCCGUACUUCCGUUGACGAGAAAAUUGUUAAAAGAUUUCCCAUUCCCAACUACGACCUCUGCCGGGCCCUGGCGCCGCCUUUGCUGAAACAUCUCAUCAUGAAUGUCGGGAUAAACGUUCUUAUUUUUGGGACCAAGUUCUUCAUGGCGACCGUUGACUUGGUUGUGGUCGAGAACGAGCUGAAGAUUGACUUGGGUUUGUCCGAGCCUGAGCAGCACAUCUCUGAGAUGCGCGAGUUGAGCUACAACUUCGUUGAGAUUCUGGGAUGGGAGUCGCCGGAGCUUUAUAAGGCCAAGAUGCGCACUAUGGCCAUCAUAGAUAAGAACCCACUGAACCUGCACCAGUGUAGCUCGUGCAAGAAAAGCUACAAGACGACCACGACUCUCGUGUCGCACAUGGCCAAGUGCCGGAUCAGGGCGGAGGGCAUAAGCCAUCCUGCAGACGAUGACGCUGGCAGUGCAGAAGAUGAGGAGACUCGCAUCUACACAUGUCGGUACUGUGACCAAAUGUGCUACUCAAUGGCUGCUCUCAACCUGCACAUCAUGGAACAACACCCACGAGCUAUUGAGGAGAAGAUCCAGAUCAAAGUGAACGUCCAGGAUGGUAUGACGCGUUGUUUUGUCUGUAAUGGCGAAUUCAACUCUACCAGCUUACCUGGGCAUCUCAUUGAGAAGCAUUUCAUCAAGAUUGUCAAGGGAGAUGUUCUGAAGUGCCUUGAGUGUGACGUCUUCUGCAAGAAUGCUGUCGCUAUGAUGGCGCACAAACCCUGCCACCAAAACAAGGAUUCCAUCACCGCUGGCAAACGCGAAGAGCUUCCUCAGAAACCUCAAGUCACCACAAAUAAGAGUUCGUCUCCCACUAAGCCUCGUUAUAAAUGCAGGAAACCUAAAGACGCUUCUCAUCGUUGUGGCAUUUGUGACGCGCUCUUUGCUAGUCGCCGGCAGAUUGUGCAGCAUCUUAUCACGCACACAAACCUCAGGCCUUUUAAAUGCACCUUGUGUGGUGAAAAUUUCACAUUCCGACGCACCCUUAUUCGCCAUUGUAACGAGAGCCACCCCGAGGUGUGCACGCAACCCUGCAAGUUCUGCGGACUGCCCUUCGAGACCGUCUCGGAACUUAAACGGCACUCGUGCAAUGCUAGUCAAAAGGGCGGUUUCCCCUGUCCCUACUGUGACUUCGAGACCAAUAUGGACAUCAGGUUAUUUGUACACAUACAUUCGCAUGGACGUGGCACGCGCUAUUUUUGUGUAUAUUGCAGUAAUUUCUUCCCAACCGUUAAUAAGGUCCGUUAUCACCAACGCAGCUUCCAUCCAAUUGAAGCUAGAAAACAAGAAGCCAACAAACGACGCAUCAAAAAAUUGGAGUUUGAGAUGGGCAAGUCUGAAGUUGACCAGCCUCUCAAGGACGAAGACAUCGUCGUUGUUCGUAUUAACGACGAGUUUGUGUACACUGUUGAUCCUCGUCUCGGCAAGCCUGUAGAGAAAGACAAGUCCGUGUCUUGUUAUUAUUGCUUUAUUCGCUUCUCGACGAAGAACGCCAUGAGACGCCACAUUCAAGUACAGCAUCCUGACAAACCUCUGUAUAAGUGCACGGAAUGUGUCAUUGUCUUCAAAAACAAUGCCGAGUAUUUAACGCACCGUAAACGCUACCAUAAACCACGGUUACUGGUAUCCCAACCAGCGUCGCCUUCUGUAAACCUCUCUACAGAUCUCAUCCACAUGGAAGAACAAGUUGAAUCGUGUAAACAAAAGCUUGCUGACAUCGGUUCAGAGAUGAUCAAACUUGAAUCUCUUAACUCGGCUUUCAAAUGCGACUUUUGUAUGCAGGGCUUCAAGUCAGAGUUGUUGCUAGAGCUUCACAUGGAAGAGGUACACAGUGAUUCAGCGAUGUUUGGCGAUAAUAGUAAAGCACAUGCACGCAAAUUAAUACAUCUUGUAUACUACGUUUGUUCAUACGAUAAUAACUGCCAGCAAAGAUUCGACGAUAAGCUCUUGAUGCAGCAACAUUUAAGUAACGCACAUCAGGUGUUCGAGGCGUUCGAACAGAAUUACCGGGAAGAAGUUAUUGCCGCUCCCAACAGACUAGGUCGUAAACCAAAGAACUUCGUUAAUUUAGAUACCGUAAAAAAUGAGCGAAACAAUUCCGCUAAGAACUCCAAGAAGAAAGUGGCCAGCAGCACAAACAAACGUUACAUCAAAUGUGAUAAAUGUUCAGGAACUUUCUCGAGCGCGACGUCUUUGCGUCAGCACAAACUCGGUACAACUGGCCGUGGUUGUACUGGAGCAAGAAAAAACACCAGGAAAUACAGAAGAAAAGCAGAUUCUUCACCUUCCAUCAGCAUCCACACGAACACAAGUGACAACAAUAACGUCGAGGUUUCCAGCACCGAAGCUGAGUAUCGCGAACUCUUCAUCAAAGAGAACGAAAUUAAUGCGUUCAAGGAGGAUGUUCCUCCGGCUCAGACAAAUGACUUCAUGGCGCUGGAGUUUGUCAAGACUGAAGUGCUUGACGAUGACCCUGAUGUUGGGUCCUUGCUUGCCGAGAUCCAGGAUAUUAAGAAGGAGAUUGAACUAAACGAAAACUGCGACGUGGUCUCGAGUGUGGUGAAGGUGGGUGCUUGCGACACCCAACCUCUGGGUGUCGUCGCCCCCUUAUCUCCCCUCGCUGGCUCACCCCCAAGGGAAUAUCGUCCUGCACAUGAUACUCACGUUACCGGAAAGAAAGGAAAGCUGUUACUGAACGUUAAAGGCCUCGCCUCACAAAUUGGCCGCCCCAAGAAACGCUCGAAGUUGACCUCGAACGACUUCUCUCUGAAAACCUCAAUAGAGUCUAAGCAAAGACCCUUGCUCUCAGACGAUGAAUUUUUUGAUUUCAGUCCCAGAAAAGUUUCUCAUAGCACGGAAAUACUGAAAGAAACUUCCGUGCGGCAUCAAAAUCAUAGCAGCAUUGACACGGAAACAUUAUUGGAGGCCGAGAAUAUCCCUACAGCGAAGAAAUCUUUACCAAAUAAACUUAAGAACCCCGCGGCAAUCCGCAAACGCAAGCUUGACGAGAACGCCGAUGACCCAGAGUGGAACCCUAAGGGGAAAACUAAGAAGCGGGCCUUCGCAUGCAGUGCUUGCAGCGACAAGUUCAAUACCAAAGCUGAACUCAAAUUCCACUCUAGAUAUGAUCAUUAAAUAAACGGAUUAUUAAAUUUACUAGAGAGAGUAUUAGGUGUCCGAGAUUGUAGUUAUGAUUGCCAUUGUUGCGAUUCUUAGCAACAAACUUUUCUAUCCUGAAAGAAAGGUUGUGGCCAGCAACGGGCUUUAUUUUUUCAAGAAGUUGGUGCUAACUCAAGCCUAUGCUCCGCAGUGGUAUUGGUUUCUAGUAACAGUUAUUAGGAGGAUAAAACUUAUUUAUUUCGUGUCACGUUCCUCGCCUCUUACUUUUCCAUGCCGCGCUUCAUACCUUUCAUACCUCGCCUUUUACUUAGCAUGCCUCUGCCCGUCUUUUUCUAACCUGCCACGUCCUUUUAAUUUCACGCGACGCCUCAUGUCUCUCCGUUCGCUGGCAUAGACUUAUAUGUUCCACUUCUUACUAUGUCCUAUAUUGUAUAAUAUAUUUCUUCCAGGUUCAACUUAUCCAAUAUCUGCACGCUAAUGCCUUAUGCAUGCAUCUCUACUCAUUUGUCGUGUUGCGUAUAUGCCAUGUUGCGCUGUUCAAUUUAUUUCGUUUUCUUCAUCCCUUGUUUCCCCGCUCUAUUUUUUCUCGGUUUUGCUUCAUCUUCUCGUCCAACUGCUCUAUCUCCUCGCUUUCCCCUCUCUUUCUCCUC